AACCGGCAAGAGUCUUCAUUCUUUAGCGUAGUCAACCUGCAUGGCUGAGAAACAUUUAGCCACCAGCCUUUCCAGAUAUCUUGAUGGGGAGUUCUGGGAAACCAAGGGCAUCCUUUGGGAAGAAAUUUCCAAAUGUGAUCUAUUUCAACACAGUAGCUACGACCUCUCUCUGGAGCAUAUCAGAGACCUAACCGAAGACAGGCUACGAUAUGUGUUAAAACUACCAGUAAUACGACGUCACCUCGAGGAUCAGGUGAUUGGAAGAAAGAGGGGUUUCAUAACUAAGAGCAUGGGGAUCACAGAGGCAAUCUGUUCUGCAGAUAUGGCAACUGGAGUAAAGAUGGGUGUUGUGUGUGGACUGUAUGGUGGGGCUGUGACUAAUUUAGGUAGUCCAAAGCAAGUGGAGAAAUGUUAUGUGCCAGUGACGGAGUUGGCAUUCACUGCCAUGUUUGCCAUGACAGAGCGGGGACAUGGGAGUAAUGUGCGAGGCAUUCUCACUGAGGCUCGGUAUGAUCCGUCUACACAGGAGUUCAUUAUCCACACUCCUUGUGAAGAGGCUCAGAAGAUGUACAUUGGGAAUGCAAUGAAGGGAAACUAUGCUGCUGUAUUUGCCCAGCUCAUAAUCAAUGGAGAAUCUCAUGGUCCCCACUGUUUCAUUGUGCCAAUUCGUGACCAGUAUAGAGUCAUGUGGCCAGGGGUGACUGCCACUGACAUGAAAUAUAAAGAAGGUCUGCACGGAGUUGAUAAUGGUAUCUUGACAUUUGACCAUGUCAGAAUACCACGGGAAAACCUGCUGGGCAAAUUUGGAUCAGUGUCACCUGAUGGCCAGUACACCUCUCCUAUCCAGAGUAAGGGCAGUCGCUUCAACGCUAUGCUGGCUGCCCUCACACCCACUCGUCUGGCCCUCACUGCACAAGCUAUGGCUGCCAUGAAACUUGGACUCAUCAUAGCAGUGUGUUACAGUCACAGCCGCAGACAGUUUGGGCCUAAAGCCCAGGAUGAGGUUAAGAUCAUCGAACAUCAGACGCAGUAUCUGAGAUUGAUGCCCCACCUGGCCACAGCUCUUGCUCUCACCUUCACGACCAGGUAUACUGCAGGCCUGAUGGAUGAUGCACUGUGUCAGGGGCAGGACCUCCAGGGCAAUCGCAUGCUACAGGCAUUAGUGGCUGGCCUCAAGGCCUACAGCACUUGGGCCAACAUAGCCUGCCUCCAGGGCUGUCGUGAGUGUACUGGAGCCAUGGGCUUCAUGAUGGAGAACAGGAUCCCAUCUCUGAAAUGUGACUCGGACGCCUUUGUGACAUUUGAGGGGGACAAUAUGGUCAUGCUCCAGGUGGUGGUUCGUGAGUUGUUAUCCCAGCAUGCAAGGGAGACGGGGAGCAGCCUCGUGGCUGGUCUGAUCCGAAACUGGACCAGUUUUGCAUCUGACCACCUUCGGACAAGUGUCUUCAGUUUCUCAGUGGAUAAGGUGGGAGACUUGAACUUUCUGCUUAAGGCCCUGAGUUACAGGGAGAGGGUCUUGCAACGAAGCCUAGCUUCACGACUUUACACCAAGGUAGAGAAGAAUAAAGAAGAGUUUUUUAAUGCCUGGAACUCAUGUUUGCAUCAUGUGACUUGCCUUGCCUUAGCACAUAUACACCGAGUGACCCUGGAACAGUUUGCACUAGCUGUCCGCGCAUGCCAGGUGAAAGCAGACCACUCCCUGCUAACCAAGUUUUGCCUUCUUCAUGGCACCAGUCUGGUGUAUCAGGAACGAGCAUGGUAUCUGGAGCACAAGUACCUUAGCCCUGGGGCUAGCAGGCAGAUCCGCAGCCAGUUGUUGGAGCUGUGUAGAGCAGUGAAAGAUGAUGCAUUGAAGGUGGUUGCAGACUUCAAUGUGCCUACAUGCUGUAUCCAGGCACCCAUAGCUGGAGUGGCCAACCCUAGGGCAGAGUGGGGAUUUUACCCAAAGCCAGAGAUGCCCCCUGUCCAGACCAAGCAGAGGGCCAUGUCCAAGCUCUGAGGCAGAGGACAGCCAGCACUGGGACUCAGCUCAGAAUUGAGGCAGUUACACUAUUUACACCAGCUAGCAAUUUCAGGCAUGUCUAAGCUCUGCUGAGCUUAUUGCAGUUUUGUAUUUCCUAUUAUAAUGUCUAAUGUUAGGAUUUAUUUAAUGUAAACAGCACCUUAUCAGAGGUUUUACAGAUUAAACAUCAUGAUUUGUCAGACUUUUUGUCAAGAAAAGGAAUCCGUGUCUAAUAUUCUACCAAUUGUAAUGUUGUUAAUAAGAAUAUCAUUCUUAUUUGUUUAUAUAUUAAAUCUAUGUCUGUGUUUGCAUAAAAAUAGGUCAUAAAUUUAUUUAUGCUAAAUUCUCAGAAGAUGGUGCGUGUGCAUAUAUCUUAAUGCUGUGUGCGAAACAACACCAGUAUUUGAUUGAUUGAUUGUUGUUAAUGAAACAGACCUAAAAUGGAAUGGAAAAAAAUUCAUCAAACUAGUAUAAGUGCUAGACACUAACAAUACACUUUAUGUAGAAUGGAUAAUUUUAUUUACGUGGAAUGGAUAAUUGAGGUUGAGUAGCUUUUGUGGUUGUAAAUUAUCUGCUCCAUCUUGCAGAAUUAUUUUCAUUCAUCGCAACCUCAUUUGUCCUCAGAAACCUUGAAACAUGAAUAAACUGUAAUGUGCUUUCUUGGAAGCUA